AAUAAAAUAUUUUGGGAGAAGAGGGAAGGGAAACAAAAGUAAAAGGCUAAAAGUAAUUAAAUUUUAUAAAUUUCUUCCGCACAUUGAACAAUUCGUCGCCGGUGAUUUUCCCGUCGUGAUCCUCGUCGGAGAAAUCAAACUCAUCUCUCAUCUUCCGCCGCCGGCGACGGCGGCAGCUUCUCAAACGCCGAGCUGAUAGUUUCAACAUCAGUUUCUCUUUACUCGGAGGCGAUUUACAGCAGCAAACCUCAAAUUUGAACUGAAAAUGCUCAGAAGAACUCCACUGUACUUUACUUCCAAGAUUACACUUUUCUCACUUCCAAAACUCCACCUUUCAACCCUUUCUCCUUCAUCUUCACCCUUUUACCAAAACCCCACAAAAAUCCUUUCUCAAUCAGAUAUCAAAAACCUCGUUUUCUCCCAGUAUCACCAUGGCAAGUUUCACAAUCUCCUCCAAAACGUCGUCGCUUUACCCUCUUUCCUUCUCACAGCUUGCCAAAAUCUCAAACCAAAUGACAAGAAUACCCUCACUCUUGAUUUUGUCUCAACUCAUUUUUUCUCACUUCAAGAGCUCUCUUAUCACCUCUCUACGAAUCAAUUUGAUGUCAAAGUUUGUGGCUUUACUAUCCCUCCAUCUUCAGUUAAAGGUAAACCACUUGUGCUUCCUAAUUUGAAGCUUAAAGUAGUUAUUGAAGCUAUAAGAAUGGUUCUUGAAUCUAUAUAUAAUGAUAGAUUUGUGACAUUUUGUUAUGGUGGACGUGUUAAUAUGGGAAGACAUACCGCUAUUCGUUACCUUAAGAACUCUGUUGAGAACCCAAGUUGGUGGUUUACUGUUUGUUUGAAUACUGCAAAAUUUGAAAAUAAGCAUGUUGAUAGGUUGUGUAGGGUUAUGGAAGAGAAAAUUAGUGAUGAGGCAUUGAUUGGUUUAAUAGAAGUGCUGUUUGAGUCUGAAAUAGUGAGUAUUCAAUUGGGUGGUUGUUGUUUAGGUAGAGGGCUUCCUCAAGAAUGUGGGUUGAGUUCAAUUUUGAUUAACAUUUACUUUAAUAGUUUCGAUAAGGAGAUUCAAGAACUAAGGCUUAAAACGAGUCGGGAGAAUCCGAGAGUUGAUGCUAAUGACUUUGCUGAGGGAUAUCAGGGGAAUGCUUUCUAUAAGCCGUUGAAGAUAUAUGCAGUUAGGUAUUUGGAUGAGAUAUUGGUUAUCACGUCGGGGACAAAGAUGAUGACUUUGGAUUUGAAGAGUAGGCUUGUGCAGAUUCUUGAGAGAGAUAUGGAAUUCGGUAUUGAUAAGGUUAAGACUGUUAUUCAUAGCGCUACUUCUGAGAAGAUAGAAUUUUUGGGGAUGGAGCUUCAGGCGGUUAAGCCGUCUGUCUUGCACCCACCAAUGUCACAAAAGGCGAUCAGGGCGAGGAAGAAGUACCUCCGGCAGAAAGAAGUUAGAGCUUUGGAGUUAAGAAAUGCUAAAGAGAGUAAUAGAAAGAAAUUGGGAAUGAAGAUAUUCAGUCAUGUAUUUAAGAAAAUGAAGCGGGCCAAUGGUUUCAAAACUGAUUUCCAGAUUGAGAGUGAAGUCAACCAAAUCUUUGAUUCUUGGGCUGAAGAGGUAAUGCAAGACUUUUUGGAAUCUGUCGAUGAUCGUUGGGAAUGGCAUCGGAUGCUUUCAGCUGGUGACUUCCUUUCUUUGAAAAGGAUCAGAGAUCAACUGCCCCGUGAACUUGUAGAUGCUUAUGACAACUUUCAAGAGCAAGUUGACAGGUACAUAAAUCCCAUCAAAGCAAAAAGGAUGUUAGAGGAACAAGUAAAGAUAGCAGAGGAAGAAGAGGAGCGGAAAUACUCUGAUCAAACUGUGGCAGAUCUGACAAAGUUAUGCAUAAAAGUUGAGGCGCCCUUAGAAAUUGUUAAGAAGGCAGUCAAACUGAUUGGAUUUACAAAUCAUAUGGGCCGUCCUAGGCCGAUUAGUUUACUUAUGGUUCUUGAAGAUGCUGAUAUCAUCAAGUGGUAUGCUGGUAUUGGAAGAAGGUGGCUUGAUUUCUUUUGCUGCUGCCACAACUUCAGAAAGUUGAAGAUUAUAGUAUCUUAUCAUUUAAGAUUCUCGUGCAUCUUGACUUUAGCAGAGAAGCAUGACUCCUCAAAGAAGGAAGCAAUCAGACAUUACACCAAGGAUCUGAAAGUUUCUAAUGUUGAUGGGGUUGAAAAAAUGUAUUUUCCCACAGAAAGGGAAGUCAAAAUGAUGGGAGAUAACGUUCUCAUUGAUCCAAAUCCCGUGGAUGGUUCUCUAGGGAUGACAUUGAUUAGAUUAGCUUCUGAUGAGCCCUCUUACUGUUGUGCUGCUCAUUUUUGUGACAGAAGAGAUACUAUUGUCUACCGAAUUAGGUUACUUUUGGAUCCGUGGGUUCCAGGAAUGGGUGCUAUACAUGAGAAUUUGAAUAAGAGAUGCAUCCCUUUAUGCUCUGACCAUAUUAGUGAAUUGUACUUAGGUAGACUAACUUUGCAAGACACUGAUUUUGCUUCUCUUUUGCAUGUGGAUUAGUUGAUGUAUUGUCAGAGUGAACAUCAAGAAUGCUAUAUAUUACUAAGGAACAUACCCGGUGUACUCAACCACAGCUUGUAUAUCCAUCCAGUCUUUUUGUUUCAGAAAACCAUGGUCAAUUAUGCAAAGCUUCAACUAUUGAGAAAGCUGAAGAGUUUUCCAGAAUUGGAUUACUGUUGGAGGUUAUGCCUCAUGCAUAAAAGAUGUAUGUGAAGACACAAUUUGGCCUCCAUGUACACCACAAAUCAUGGCUAUCUAAGAAUACAUGAUAUGAAGACUAUGAGAGUAAUGCUCUCUGAAAAAUGGAUGUUGUUGUGCAGGAGUGCACCAUUGUUCUGUCUAAGCUCUUGGUGCCUGAUAUGUUAAGAAAUUCUCAAUGCAAAGAGUAGCAAGUAUUGUUGAUGAAAGAUCAUUUCUCAAGUCAACAAGUAAUACAAACAUCUCAUCAUUCUAUCAACUUCCUGUUGAGAGAUCAAAGUACCAAACAAACUUAUUGAGUCUCCAGCAGUAUUGCCAUGUUUCGUUUUGAGUGAAAGCAUUCGGAUAGGCGAUACCAGCCAAGGUCUGCAUGCAUCAGCCAAGACUUGCACGCAUCGAACUCUUAUGAGUGAUAGCUUGUAUUACUACUCAAAAGCUCUAGUUUUUAUUGUAAAAAAUUUAUAUAUAUAUGGUCAAACACCUUUAUUUUUUA